AAACUUACCUAGACGUUGCUGUUUCCGUUGACGUCAUUUACUCAAAAUUCCAGGCGGGCGCCUGCAGGACGCGUUGCAAGCAGCUGGACUGUAAAACUCGACGGUGCAUCGGCCUCUAUGAUAGACGCUUGCAUGUAAAAUGUACAGAUGUACACGGGUAAUAUGAUACUCGCGGCCUUACUGAGAUGUCGACCUCUCAAGUAUUGCCUGUGGGCACCCUGACGACUACCCACGACAUUGACGCAUUGAAUCCAGACUCGUACACUGCGCAUCGCCUGAAGCAUGCAUCUCCCGAGCACCUGCACCUCACCUCACGGCGGUUCUUCAUUGGUCCUAUCCCUGAAGGAUGGCUCAACAGUAACAGGAAGUCAUGGUACAGGAGAAGACUAGAGUUGAGCACAUAUUCAUCCAAGCAGGCAAGCUUUGACGCAGCUGUGGACGAUGGCCCUCACCAUAGGACGAUGACAGGUUUGGGCGGCCCAUCAACAGCUGCACGUAUGGCUUUCAGCUUUCCGCAGCCGGAAGAUGUCAAUAAUGAGACCUCGAGCGGAGCAGACGCAGACGAAGUUGAAGAGCCCCUGGACGAAGAGGACGUAAUCGAGACGACAGACAUUGAGCCCGUCGCCACGGCUGAAACAACUGAUGUACCACGGAUAGUGGGUAUUGAAGAACACGACGAGACUGGACAUCUGGCUCCGAAAGCUAUACCGGUUCCUGCAGACAAGGGCAUCAACGGGACUGGAGACACGAAAGGCGAGAGUUCAGCAGGAACAGCAAGAUCGCAUGAACCGGAGUCAUUUUCAACGGCCAGAGAACAUGCUCUUGGCCCGUCUACAACAAAUUCGCCUUUGAUAGAAGCUCGACGAUCGGGGUUCGACACUGACCAAGAAGAAAGUGACGGCCAGGGCUUAGCAAGUUUUACCAGACAUUCCAAUGUGGAGACGAGCUCUAGGACAGCUCUCUUGCCACCUGGAGGUGGUACAUCAGGUCCAAAGUCGCUUCGGAAGCACGAUCCUGCCCCGAUGGAAGACGACAGCUCUUACCAGGUGAAACGCUCCGACACAGGCGUCAGAUUCAAGGUCUCGGAAGGGGUUCAACAAGGUAGGCGGCGAAUGGAGAGCAAGGCAGGCCGAGCCAUGGACCGUGUAGCGCAUCAGAGGAUGCGACGGAACACUCUGAAAGAAGGGACCAUCGUGAAGAUGGAGAGAAUGUUGGUCCGAUGCGACAUCACCAUGCAGCCUGUUCCCGAAGAUUUCGACGAGAAUGAGAGUCAGAAACUCGAAUUGAGACUGCUCGAAAAGUGGCGGGAAUACAUGGUCGUGGUUCGAAAAAGCAAGCAGCAAGACAUCGAUGAUUUUAGGAUGCAAAUCUACAAGACGAGAGUGAUCCCUGAAAUCGAUACAGAGUCAACGAAAAAGAGACCGCAGCAUGAAAUCAGGCUGGACCCAAAAACGACAAAAGUCAAUUUGUACUCCUCCUUGGACAAGACACUCGUCAUUUGGCAUCCAUACAAACGAGGUACUCGUAUCUUCGUCAUGCGACCUACUUCCACAGCCCAUUCAGUCGAGUGGUACACUUUUCUCAGAGAUGCCAUAGGGUGGCAGAGGCCCAGCGUACUGAAUAUUAACGUACCGGACUUGAGUGUGGUACUGAAACUGGAGCGGCCAUUCGAGGAGCUUGAGACUGCUGGGUUGAAGGCUACGGACGAGCAGACAGCGCUCGCUCAGACUCUGGCAGCCGAGAAAGCGGUAGCUGGCAAGAUUAUCUCACAAUGUAUUGAGAUGCUUGAAGGCGACCCAGAAUGGUCCAGUGUACUUAAACACUGGAAUGAGACGGCGAAAAUGGGGCUUGCGUGGAAAAGAUAUGACAGAUUGGAAUGGGUCUAUGGUGCUAACGAGCAGAAAAUGUACGGAUCUGUUGCUCUGCAACGAUCGCAUGACCUAGAACUGCGACCUAAACAUCACUAUCCGACAUCCACCCAUGGGAGAAAAGGGAAGCUGCACGACGAGCCACCACCUAUUGAGGGGUUUCUGAUCCGUCUGACAUCUCAAAAGGGAGUUUCACAGCGCUUCGGAAAGGCCUUUUUCAAGCGACUGUAUUUUUCUACCCACGACCAGUUCUUGAUGUUCAAUCGACCUGCCAAAGCGACUCCGCCGCAUCCACCUCGAUUGGCUACCAUCAGUGGAAGCGAUGUGCCAUCUUCGCAAGAGAUCAUUGAGAAAACACCAGCCAUGUUCGAUGUCGAACCUUACAAGUUGACACACGGAGAUGUAGCGUGGCUGGCUUCCGGGAACAAAGCGACCAUGCAGAGUCACGAUCGUGAGGCUGUUGAAGAAGCUCGACGGAAUGUGGCCAAUAUCCUCGACUCGGAUGGAUUCAUCAAUGUGUGCAAUGUGCGCAAGGUACGACCGAUCCAUAGAGGCUCCUCGCCAGCGGAUGAUACGCUUGACGCUGGUUCUGACUCGGAUGUGGAUUUCCAUCAAGAUGUCUCCGAUACCAGGGCUGAAGACGGCACAACCAAGCAAAUCGACGACGAGCGUAUUUUCGAGAUUGAGCUUGACAAUGGACUGGUAAUCCGCCUGCAGGCGUAUUCGAAACAGACUCGAGAUGAAUGGAUCAACAGGUUACGGCACCUGGUCAAAUACUGGAAAUUGCGCACCGCUGCAGAAAUGGACACCUACAAAGCCAUUCGACGUGCCAACCUACAAGAGCUGAACAUUGACGAAGAACUCGAGGCAAUUAUAGGACAAUUUGCCAAGAAGUGGGAAGUCAGCCAUAGCCAGGCGAGUCCAGAACUGUACAACAUGUGCGGCAUUAGCAGUUGCCGAAGUAUUACAAUGGCCGGGUCUCUUUAUUUGAAAACGAGACGCCGAACCACCUUUCACCGCAGCCACAUCGUCUUGACUGGUGGCAAGCUUUUGAUCUAUCAAGCCACACUCAGAAAGCGGACUGGUGAGCAGGUUCGACACAUUCAUCAGGAGAAGCAGCAAGCUGUCGACCUGAAGGAUUGUUAUGUCUACAGCGGCUUGAUCGUUGAUGACGAUCUGUUGUAUCAGAACAAAACCUUUGAUGCGAAUCACCCUGGUAUCGCCACUCUCCCACGUGUCUACUUGGAAGACGGCUGGACUAGUGCCGAUGUUGACGUGAUGACCUGCUUUGUUGUGUGGAUGAACAGAAAGAAAGGGUGGUUCCGGACUGCGGCAGCGACAGUCACAGAUGUUCCUUCAAGCGGUACAGCCGAAGACGGCAAGACUCAUGGGAGAACGAGGGCCAGGCUGCGGAGGGUUGGUCAACUUGGUGUUCCUGGUCGAGGCAUGGUGUUCAAGUGUCGCAGUCGAGCCGAACGGGACCGUUGGGUCCUGAGCGUUGCAAGUGAGAUUGAGAAGGUGGUAGAACAGGAGGCUGAAGAACUUGGAGACGAGGGUGAGUUCAGGUAUGAUAAGUGAGCACUCGCAAUUGAGUCUCACUCUAUGGCUUUACUGCCG